UUGUCCAAUAACUGGUAAAUUCGGUGCACUUAAAGGUGCGCGAAGAUGCCACCACCACACGUUACUGUUCUUCCGUUCUUGGGAACAUCUCCAGUUCGUUAUGCACUUAUUAUGCCUCUGCAAAAACAAUAAACAAGAAGACGUCAGGAAAUCGACGAUUUCUUAUACUACUGUUAAAUUAAGCCCGACGAAUUUCAAUUCACUAUAAACGAUGAAUCGGGGACAUGGCCGAGGCGCCGGAGGCCGCUGGACUCCUAAACACCAAGGACGAUCUUCACGUUCGCCUUUUCAUUCUACGAACUCAGCCCCGGGUGGAAGUGGUCGGCCGCGUGGAGGAUCCCCUUUGGGGAAUAAUAUUAAAUCCUUUUCAUGUGAAAGGCAAGGUAAGGAAAGGUUAGCUGAUGCCAUCUCAGAGCAACUUCCGAGUAUGUCCCUAUUAGACAAUCCAAACAGGCGUGGUGAUAGUUUCCAAUAUGCAUCCUCUCCUGUAGGACCACGUGAGCAGGUUGCUAGCUCAAUAAGGAAAGAUGAGAGUACUAGUACUCAUGCUCUUGAUUCUGGUUUUGGAAUGAAGCAUUUUGAGGAGAUAGACCUGUCUGAGCAGUGCUCUCAGGAUGAAGCAAGCAAUGUUGAGAAAUCUGAGAACCUAAGUGUUGGUUUUGAUAUAUGCCGGAAGAACACCAAAAACGUUGUUAAGCUAAAUCCUUCUCUGUUUGAGAUGAACAGGAAAAAAAGGAAUGAAACUAGGCGCAAUAUGGAUGGUCAAAACAUUGAAAUUCUAUGUGAUGGUAUGGUUCAUUUAAAGAAGUUCAUCCCCUUGUUGGACCAGGUCAGACUAGUGAAAACUUGCCGAGAGCUGGGUAUUGGGCAUGGAGGGUUCUACCAGCCUGGGUAUAGGGAUGGAUCAAAGCUUCACUUGAGGAUGAUGUGCUUGGGUAAAAACUGGGAUCCUGAAACCAGCCAGUACUCUGACGAAAGGCCUUGGGAUGGAGCAAAGCCUCCAGAAAUACCGGAUGAGUUUCAUGAUUUGGUUAUAAAUGCAUUGCACCAGUCCCGAUCCUAUAUGGAAAAACAACUUAAAUGCAAAAUAAUAGAUGCUGAUCUUCCACUAAUGUCACCAAACAUCUGCAUUGUCAAUUUCUACACAGCCAGUGGCAGACUUGGUCUACAUCAGGAUAAAGAUGAAAGUUGGAAAAGCAUCGAUAAAGGGCUUCCAGUGGUCUCAUUUUCCAUUGGUGACACUGCAAAAUUUGUGUAUGGUAGUGAGAACGAUAUAGAGAAGGCCAAAGAAAUCUUGCUAGAAUCAGGAGACGUAUUAAUAUUUGGUGGACAAUCGAGGCUUAUAUUUCAUGGUGUGAGCUCCAUUAAACCAGAAACUGCACCAAAGUAUCUAUUAGAUGAAACAGCUCUUAAACCAGGUCGUCUGAAUCUCACCUUUAGGCAGUACUGAAAGUGUUUCAUGUAUUUCUAUACAUACUAGAAUAAACCAUGAAGGCUUCGUGGAUUGCUGGUCCCGACCCUUUUAUUAAGCUAAUACCCAGUCUACGUUUACCAUGCCUUUAUCUUUAAUUGUGUCUGUAUGUUUGUGUUUGUGUGUGUCAGUGUGUGGGAGGGAAUUUUUCAAUUUCUUGAUUGUAAAGGAGAAUAAUUUUGUCUAGUAUAAUUUGCUUAUUGGUUGAAAGUGUUGGUGG